AUGAGGCUCAUCUCUUGGACCUGUCAAGGACUCGGGUCAUCUUUGACAGCAAAGGCACUUCGACGGUUAUGGCGUAAGUAUGACCCUGAGAUUAUCUUCCUUAUGGAAACUCACCAGAAGGAGCAGAUAGUCUCUUCUUGGAAAACUCAGCUUCAGUUUGACAACUACGUUGUAGUUGACCCUGUAAAUACUAGCUCUGGGGGCUUAGCCAUUUUGUGGAAUUCCUCUGUUCAAGUGUCUAUUUUGCAUAAUACCCCUAAUGUCAUUGACACUAUGGUGUACUUUGUUAAUGAGGAUUUCCGUUGUAACAUAUCUUGGGGCCCUUGUUAUACAUGGUUUCGUUUUCAGCAUAACCAACUGGUUCUGAAGGAAAGAUUGGAUCGAUGUUUAGGUAAUGCUGAGUGGUGCGCUGCUUUGCCUCAGUCUCAGAUCAUUACUGCUGCCUGGGUAUCUGCUCCAAUUAACCUUGCAAUGCCUAUCUGGGUGGCCAAUCUUAAGGCUUGUCAGAAAUCCUUAUCCAGUUGGUGCUUGAAGACUUUCCCCAACUCUCAUAAACAGGUGCUGGAAGAAAAAUUUUGGCAUCAACGUUCAAGAAUUUCUUGGUUAAAACUUGGUGAUAACAAUACCAAGUUUUUUCAUCAAUCUGCUACUCAACGGAGACAGCGUAACCGGAUUCUUCGUCUUCGCAAUGCCAAUGGUUUGUGGCUAGACUCUGACAUGUCUAUAGCUGAUACUUUUCUUCAAUACUACAAGCAACUGUUCUCUACCUCAGGACCAAGAAAUUUGGCUGACAUUCUUUUGCUUGUUGACCCGGUUGUUACCCCUGCAAUGAAUGAUAAUCUAUUGGCUCCUGUAACAUUGGACGAAGUCAAACAAGCCAUUUUUGGAUUGGGGGCUCUUAAGGCUCCUGGACCAGAUGGCUUUCCUGGCAUCUUCUACCAAACUUAUUGGAGUAUUGUGAACUCGGUGAUUCAUCAAGCUACCACUUCUUUCUUUCAAACAGGGCAUCUUUUAUCAGAGUUAAACAAGACUUAUCUGGUGCUGAUUCCGAAGGUUCCUCAUCCAGAGCAUGCUUUUCAGUUUAGACCAAUUGGGUUGUGCAACUACUCCUACAAAAUUUUGUCUAAGCUUCUUCGAAAUUCUGGAUUGGGAGCUCUUGGAUUGAAAUUGGACAUUACAAAGGCUUAUGACUCUGUGGAAUGGGAUUUUCUUCGUGCUGUGCUUCUCAAGUUGGGUUUCCAUGUUCAUUGGGUUAUGCUUAUUAUGAACUGUGUUCAUUCAGUUACGUUCUCUGUUUUGGUCAAUGGAAAACCGUCUGCUUUCUUCACUCCUUCUCGUGGGUUACGACAGGGGGAUCCCUUAUCCCCGUAUCUAUUCCUGUUUGUCAGUGAUGUGUUAUCUACUUUGGUUCAGAAAGCUUGUGAUAUUCAAUGGCUUAUCCCUUUGCAAAUCACACCCUCUACACCGAAGAUCAGUCACCUGUUAUUUGCAGAUGAUUCUUUGUUCUUUUUUGAAGCAACUUCUGCUACUGCCUCUCAUCUUCUGUUUCUCCUACAAACUUAUGGCAAUGCAUCAGGACAGCAAAUUAACUACUCGAAGUCUUCUUUGUUUUUUAGUCCAAACACAGAUACUUCUCUGAUCAAUACUAUUUCGGCUACUUUGGGAGUUACUUCUGUUACAAACCCUGGGAAGUACCUUGGUCUCCCAACUAUUUGGGGGAGAUCGAAAGUCUCUGCUUUGGCCUAUGUCCGAGAUGCCAUUAAUCGUAAACUUCAGAACUGGAAGUGUGGAUGCUUAACUCAAGCUGGCAAGGAGAUUUUAAUCAAAUCCAUAGCUAUGGCAGUUCCAGCUUACCCUAUGAUGUGCUUUCAAUUUCCCAAAUCUAAAGGAGGCAUGGGAUUCCGUGAUCUUCAAGACUUUAAUCAAGCUCUCCUAGCCAAGCAAGGAUGGCGUAUUCUUACUAAUCCUACAGCUCUAUGGGUUCGUGUUCUUAAGGCACGGUAUUUUCCUAUGGAUACUUUCUUCACUGCUAGAAAAGGAUCCUCUCCUUCUUGGCUUUGGUCCAGUAUGCUUCAUGGAAGAGAUCUUCUUAAGCCUAAUGUGGUGUGGCAGAUAGGAAAUGGCAUUAAUAUUCCAGUUUGGGACUCGAACUGGAUUCCUCAGCUUCCUGCCUCUCUAUCUUUUGCUGCAUCUUCUGAGUUCUUGGGUCUUGUAUCUGCUAGUUCCAUUCCAAAUGCCAAUUUGCAUCGACCUGUGCGUCCUCCCCCUAAACCGAAAUGGCUUCCUCCCCUUCCUACUCAGAUUAAGAUAAAUAUUGACGCUUCUUGGACAAAGGAGGGUUCUGGUUUAGCUGUUGUGGCUAGAAAUUCCUUUGGUUGUCUUGUUUUUGGGCUGGCUAUGUUCACUUUUACUGCUUCACCACUAGUUGCAGAGGCUUUGGCAAUGCGAUUGGGUGUACUCUUGGCCCUUUCAUUGCGAGCUUCUCAUUUUCUGUUUGAAGUUGAUUCUCUCCAACUUGUCAAUCUCCUUUCCCAUUCCACUACAUCUACAGAUUGGGCUGUGUUGCCUCUUGUGGAUCAUAUUAGAGAUUUGACAGUUGAUCUUGUUUCUCACAGCUGGGUUUGGACCAGCAAAAUGGCUAAUCAGGCAGCAGACCACAUUGCUUGGUUAGCUCGCAGGAGGCAGUGUCCAGCUGAAUGGGUUCAGUUUCCACCUUCCUCCUUCUCUCACAUUCUCUUGUAUGAUGCCGGACAUGCUCCGACUUAG